UUGUAGCCAAACAAUCUACAGUUUUGUCCAUGUUUCGCGGGAUCUAGACGGAUGAGGUCUUUGUUUAUUUUGCUCUUCCUGGGAGUUCUGGUCUUGAGCUCAACGGGAAAAAAAAAGAAGCUACGAAAAACUACAGCAUUAAAGAACACCACAAAACAUGAGAAUCAAAAAAGACAAUCUAUUCCUCCAGGAGUCUUUCCAAGCAUCCCUCUAGUCACUGCAAAUACGUCAGUUCUUCAUGCAGCAACCGUAGGCGCUUAUGCAGGAGCCAAAGCAGGGGCAAGUAGUGGAGCCAAUGCUGGAGCUAAGACUGGUGCCAAAGCCGGGGCUGAUGCAGGAGCCACGGCAGGCCUUGAAGCAGGGAAAAAGGCAGGAGAGGAAGCAGGGAGAAGAAUAGCUCAUGAGAUUGCUUUGGAAGCUAUACAGAAAAUACUAUUAGCACAAGCUAGUGCUGGGCAUAUAUUAAAUGUAUAUGCCAACAACUCGGCAGGUUCUGAGGAAGGGGGAGGGGGAGGAGGUGCAGCAGCUGGUGGUGGCGCUGCGGGCGGUGAAGAAGGGGCGGGUGGAGCAGCAGGUGGAGCAGCAGGUGGAGCAGCAGGUGGAGCAGCAGGUGGAGCAGCAGGUGGAGCAGCAGGUGGUGCUACUGGAGAAGCUGCUGGAGGAGCUGCUGGUGGAGCUGCUGGUGGAGCUGCGGCAACAGGAACCGAAGGAGGGACAGCUGGAGGGGAAGGAGCAGGAGGCGGGACUGAAGGAGGAGGUGCAGCAGGGGGAGGAGCUGGUGCUGGAGGUGGAGGAUCAACCUCUCAGGGAGGAGGUGGUAGCUCAGCCGGAGAAGUAAUAGGGGCUGGUGCAAGUAUGGGUAUUGGAUCUGUUUCUGGUGCCAGUGCCGGAGGAGGAGCAGAAGCUAAGUUCUCUUCCUCAGUAUCUGCUGCUGCUAAUGCGGCUGCAAAUGCUGCUGUGAGUCAGUCUGGUGCGGCGAUAAAAAUUAUGAAUCAAGCAGCUUACGUAAUCUACUCUAUUAACACCCCAACUUUGCAAAUCUAUUACAACAAUUUCUGCGCACGAGCCAAUGGAAUGCGUAUGUUUUUUGGUCAGCAUUGCCAGUACUUUAUUGCGCAUGUACCAGGAUUGAACAAAGAUCCUGAUACAGUGUCGUUUGAGUCUGUUUGCACUUCCGGAUCAUACAUCAUACAGAAAGACUAUCGCUUUAUUCUGAUGGCUUAUCAAAGGGACGACAACUACGUGAAAGAAGCUACCUUUUAUAUCCGUCGUCACGCAGACCUUAAAGAAACUUUCUCGUAUGCAUCUUUUCACGACGGAUGGUAUUUAGCUGUUGGUAGCAAGGUCGGUGAAUCGCUCUACGAAAUGAAAGUGGCCUACAGCAAUAACACUAAGGAGUUUGAUGUUCAAAGUUCUUUUGUACUCAAGCCUCAAAAGGCAGGUAUUGACCCGUUGCAGUAUUGUGCCGAGGAAACUAUCACACCAACUGUCAAGCCUAGCCCUGUAUUAACCCAAUCACCUGCAACCAAACACAAGUGCGUGGCUUUGAGAUUCAAGAACCAAGUUGGAUCUCAAUUCAAGAUUUUAUCAAGUCUUAAAAAAGAGGGCUGGCUAGUUAAUGGCGAAGAAUUUAAAAUGAAUUUCACUUUUAAGCGCCCAGAGCUGCACAAUUUUAUCUCGUUCAAAGGAAUUGAUCCUUCGGGAAAAUUCAAGAUUUUUCUCGAUGGAGAUACAACCAUUUCUGUCAUGCCUAGUUCGGACUGUUCCGCCUACAUUAACGUUGCAGUGACUGGCGUUGAAGAACCACAUCCAAGUACCACGUUGCCACCAACCACUGUGAAAAAUGUGCCCACUACUUCUCCACCUACUCAUACUCCAUCUCCCGUCCCGACGACAGAACCAGCCUUGCCUCCACCUCCUCCCCCGGCUCCAGCCCUUGCACCACCUCCGAUAUCAGCUACAACCACACCUACCACUAAGCCGCCAUGCAAUGGACCACCGCCAUGCCAACCAUUACCGCCGCCACAACCAGUACCAGCACCGGGACCAGGAAUUCAUUACCACAUCCAUUACCAUAACAACCCCAAUGUUAUUGGAUGCUCAGCAACUCAUGGUGGAAACUCAGAAGGUGCAUGUUGCAUGUUUCCAUUUACUUACAAUAACCAGACAUACAACAGCUGUACCAAUGUCAACAGUAACCAGAACUGGUGUGCAACCACUGCAAACUAUGACCAGGACCACAAGUGGGGAUAUUGUCAAGGAUGUCAUCAAACGCAUGGAGGAAACGCAAACAGUGGAUGUUGCCAGUUUCCAUUCGUCUAUCAAGGAAUGAUUUACAAAAGAUGUAUAAAAGGAAACAGAUCCAAGCCUUGGUGUGGGACCACAUACAACUACGACGACGAUAAUAAAUGGGGAUAUUGCAAAGUCAAAGUACACUUGGAUAAACCAACGACAGGCAUUCAUUAUCACAUGCAAGCACCGUGCCCACAAAAAUGUGCCUCUGAUUGCACAGAAAACUGUCCACAUCACUGCUGUACUCAUUCAAACGAUUGCCCGCCUGGAUGUAUUACCAACUGUAUGCCUACGUGUCCACAGCGAUGCUGUACGAUAGACCAAAGAAAGGCUGCUUUAGGAAUUACUCAGCCCUCUUCAUCGCCAUUUGUUUCUUCCACGAUUCCUUCAUUUACUGAGAUGUUUCAAGCAGGAUACCCUGCUUCAUUCCCUCCCCUUUCUGUAGUAAUACCUCCUGCUUCGCAAUCUAUGAUGAUCUCUCCUCCUGCUCCGCCUCCUUUGGUAUUUCCUCCCCCAUCUCACUUCGUAUUGCCUCCUCCACCUCCCGUGCCAAUGAUUCCACCUCCUCCCCCUCCUGCACAGAUGAUGCCACCUUCUCUACCUCCUGCACAAAUGAUGCCACCUCCUCCCCCUCCCGUACCCAUGAUGCCCCCUCCUCUACCUCCUGCAGCAAUGAUGCAACCAUCUCCUCCAGCUCCUGCACCAAUGCCACCUCCAAAUUUUGCUAUGAUGCACUUUGUUCCUCCUCCUCCACCACCACCACCACCACCACCACCACCACCACCUGUAAUAGUUCAUCCUCCUACACAAAUAACUACGACCUCUUCCAAUCCCUCCAGUCUUCAACUACUCUCUCAGCCAUCUUUAUCAUCUUAUUACGACCCAGUUUCUCAUUGUCCAGUUGUGUGUACUACAUUUUGUGUGGGAUCUUGCCCACUGUCUUGCUGCUCGGCGAAUCAGCGAGGCUACUAUCAAAGGCUUCAAGCUCGUGCUUUUCUUCCCUCUGGGGUUCGUUAUAAUAAUUAUGCAGGUAACUGGCAAAGGACCUAUGUUAGGUCUCUACCAUCAAAUCACAAUGAAUAUUCUACCAAAUCUCUGUCUAGCAUGAAGAUUAUCUGUCCUAAAGAGUGCGCAAAAAAGUGUGCCAGUUAUUGCCCGAUAAAAUGCUGCAAGAAGACAUCGUUAGCACGACUAAGAUUGCUAUCAAAAGCAAAGAGAAAGGUUGCAGCCUUGAACAAAAUGCCAAUUGAAACAGGGUUUCAAACAAAGUCAAAAGUGUUCCAACCACCACCCAUACCUCUGUCGCCUCUUCUUUCAUCUCAGUCUCACUCCCCCUCGACGGGCACCUGCCCAGCCGUGUGUGCAACUCACUGCACACAGGCAUGCUCUCGUGAAUGCUGUGUUACAAGGCCUCAAAAUACAAAAGAAACGAACAGUAACAACAAAAAUUACGACAUUAACAACAGAAAGACUGACGACAUUGAAUUAAGAGACUGUGGAGGAGGUGUACCUACUCUUGGUGGUAAUGCUGGUGGUGCUUGCUGUGCCUUUCCCUUUAUUUUCAAAGGAAAGGUUUAUAACCGAUGUACUUCAGAUGAUGCUGUUGAUAAGUGGUGCUCGACAACACCCAUUUAUGAUGUGGAUAAAAAGUGGGGAACAUGUAUAUGAUUUGAAAAUCAACAAAUCUUCAAAAUCCUCUUCAUAAAUAAGCAAAGAUGUAAACAAGCCUUCGGAAAUUCCACGUAUCAUCUGUCAUUGCUCUACACACCGACAUGACAUUUUGUACAAAACUAGURCCUUAAAGGAUUAUACCGGGGGAUUAUAUAAACUAUGACUAUUAAUGUUUCGUUUUUUGUACGCUAAAAGAACUGUUUUGCAAAGCAUCUGCGGACAAAAAAGUGUUAGGUAUUAUAUAUACUUUAUUGACAUUCAUUGGAAAAUAAAACAGAAUACAUGUGAA